GAAAAAAGUGAGCUCACGUCUACAGGAGCUUCAAGGUACUGAGAGAGAUAUUGCACAGCGGCUGCACUUCCUGUUAUUGAAAGCUCGAAUCUUCGCCCUUGCGGGGCAGGCGCCAAAGGGUUUCAGUAUCGCCUUGCGAGCAACAUCUACUGCGGAGCGGCAUCUGCUCCUACCUAUCUUGUUCGAAGGAUUGGCGGUUCUAGCACGCGUGCUGCUGGAUCUUGGCGCGUUCAGCAUGGCAGCAGCACUUUGCGAUGCUACCUUGCCGCACGCAUACGAAGCGCGGAACACCGGCCUCACAGCUAGGCUUUUCGUCGCAAUGGGAGAAGCUGCAGUAGGGCAUGCCGGUCACGGUUGCGCUGCUGGAAGUACGGAACAGGCUCGGAGUAUGCGCAGAGCGAUGGGUUUGAUCGAGAGAGGACGCGAGAUGUAUCAGAGGACUAAGGACGUGCAAGGUCAGCUUGACUGUCUCCUCAGGAAGAGCAAGAUUGCGAACUGGAGUGAGGAUGCUGCCUCUGCAUCACAGGCUGAUGACAUGUACUUGCAGCUAUUGGCAGAGAAGCGGUCUUGAGCAUAGCAUUAGAGUUCGGCAGCAUCACGUGAUAGCGCGCCCCUUCACUC